ACGAAUAGAGGUAUCUCAUAAUUUAUUUUGAAUUGCCGUAUCUUCACUAUGACGUGAGAGAACUUAAAUUGGAACACGAUGACUAACAGUCUAUGUAGAUUCACUUACGCUUUAAAGCGUACGUACAGAACUUUGAUGCGCGAUGUUCGUCGAACAACUUUCCUCUCGAGCUUCGAGCGACACUACAGUUCGGCACUGUACAUUUCCGGUAAUAAAGCUUACAAAGCGUUCGCGUAUCUGUCUCCGUAUCUGGACUUCGAUGAAAGAUUUGCCAAUGUGGAUAAACUGCGGAAGAAUCUAGCAUCGCGCGGGAUGGACGUGGACAUAGAUCAAUUGAAGGAAGCUUGGAAUUUUUAUAUAAAGAUGAUCGCCGACAAAUACGCGUUAGAGGACCACAAUACGGAACUCGUCGAUCGCGUGAAAAUCCUGCAAAGCGCCGAGCAUACUGCCGAGCAGAAGCAGGAGGUGCACAAGUUGCGUACGCAGUUAAGGAUCAUACGGCAAGAUGUAAAGACGAUGAAGCAAGCGAUCUGGGAUCUGGAAGAAGACGUAAUAGAAAGGGUAUUGAAGUUGCCAAAUGAGUUGGAUCCUAGAACGCCUGUUGGCGAAUCGGUGGUAAUGAAGAGCGUCGGCAGCGCGACCAAGAUGUCAGAGGAGAAUAGGAGGAGUCACGUCGACAUUGGCACGAGCCUCGACCUGCUGGAGUACAAGAAUCCUAUUUGUUAUUAUUUAAGCAACGACGCGGCCUUGUUUGAGCUCGCUACCUUGGCGCACGCGGGCCGAGUUCUCGGUGGGAACGAUAUGGUCAGGAUAAUCGGUACGGAUUUCAGCCGCAGUCUCCUCGUGGAAGCGUCCGGUUUGAAUCACGAGGAUCCUAUGGCCGCAUUCGUGAUACAGGAUCACAACGAGGUCGAGAGAGGCUCGCCGAAUCGCAUGCAUCUGGUCGGCGGCGCAAGCUUGAUCUCUUUCCUGGCGUUGCAUACGAAGCAGCUGAUAAAUCCCAAGCAUUUCCCGCUCAAGUACUUCGCCACCGGCAGACAAUACACGCCGCAAAAUUCGCACGCCUCUGGUUUGUUCGCGGCGUGUCAGGCUUCUGUGGCGCAUGCCUUUGUCGUAGUGAAGGACUCGAAGGGCGAAGAUUACAGAACACUGUUCGAGGAACUUUUGGAGACCGUAUGCGGGUUGUACGACGAUCUGUGCGAUCACUACCGCGUCGUUAUGCGAUCCGCGUCCGAAUUACAAUCCUGUGAGGAAAUGCGCGUAUCUUUCGAGAUGUGGUCGCCGUUCUUGAAUCAGUACAUCGAGAUCGGUCAUAUAUCAACAUACGGUGACUAUUUAAGCAAACGAUUACUGAUUGCCUAUCAAACGCCCACCGGCAGGGGCUUCCCCGCGAUAAUAUCGGGCACUGUUCUCUCCGUUCCGCGUCUCCUAGCUUGCCUGCUCGAACAGAAUCCCGAUAGGUUCGUGAUUCCACCAAAGAUUGCUGAAUUUGUACUGUCAAACGAUCAUGUUGUAAAUUAGUAAUAAAAGAAAUUUUUGAUAUUGCUUUA